UUAAACUUUAGGCCAUUUGUAGUUGCUUUAUAUAUUUAUGUAUUUUUUUCUUUGUAACUAUCUGCAUGUUAGAUGAGAACACUCUGACCUUCUAAGUGGCACAUGCUUGCAGUUUAUAUUAAAUCUCACACUUUCAAAAUUACCUGAAGAUUUAAAAUAUGAGAUGAUCAUAACUGAGGAAAAGGGAUUAUGCAGUCUAGGCUAGCCUAGGCUACAUAGACAAAGUGUGUCUCAAACAAACACACAGGCACAUGCACCAGCAAAUGCCAUUGGCUGAUAAGGAGCUAAGUUUAGUUGAGCAAGCUUAUGGGUUAUCUGUAGAUUUAAGACUGUGUUGGUGAUGUUCUAGCUAUAACAACAGCAGAGAGGUGUAAACUAUUAGCAAAAUCAGAUGACACAUAAAUACUAUCAUUUGAAGCAGGCAAAUAAAAAGUUUUGAGGUGUGGGCAUCCACAAAGUAGAAUGGCAAAUCAAGGUAGGAAGUUAUUCUCUUUCUCUUGUAGGAGCUCAGAAGCUUUCAUAGCAUGGAUGGGCUUUGGGUAGAGCUUAAUUUAUUGCUUUCAUUCAUUCUAGACUGUUUUCUGAAGAGUGAUGUCUAUUUCCUUGAGCUCUUUAAUUUUCUUGCCAAUGUGGAUAAACAUGGCACAAAUCCAGCAGGGAGGUCCAGAUGAAAAAGAAAAGACUACAGCAUUGAAAGAUUUGCUGUCUAGGAUCGAUUUGGAUGAACUCAUGAAAAAGGACGAACCACCUCUUGAUUUUCCUGAUACACUGGAAGGCUUUGAAUAUGCUUUUAAUGAAACCGGCAGUACUUCUGAUGGAGAAGUGGUGUCCCUGCCUAGGUGACCGAGAAAACAGUAACAACAGCUGACUCCAUAGAGUAGAUGGAGGGGACUUGAGCAGCACCUCACCCUCACAUGGCUCCUGCCAGGACAGAGAGGCAUUACCCUCAGUGAGGUAAGUCUCCAAGCUGCCUCAGACACUGUUCCACCAAAACAAGGAGUUAGUACAAGGGCCUGGGUGUUACCUGGAUCAGUAGACAUUUUCUUUUGUUGCUCUUAGUCCAUCUGCUUGUAAGCCUCUGGCCCAAAUUCUCUGUCAAUCAGAAGCCUCUUCCAUCAAGGAGACCUGGUAACAAGGCAUUUUGUGAAGAUGACCAAAUGUUCACUUGUCCAUCACCCUGUAACCAAUCAUAACUUCCCCAUGGCCUGAGCAGAGAAGUAUCACCUGUGUGUUCCCCCUUCCAUCCAGUGUGUUAGGGCUUGAGUGGCAUCUCCUGCUCUAAGCACCAUCCAGUUGAAAAUGUCCCUUGCUGAGUGUAGUCCCAGGAGUCUCCUUGGUAGCCCCAGCAUAGGGUCAUACAGGCAGCAAAAGUCUUUCCCAGCCUGCUGCCUGGAGACACAAAGCUUCAGCACCAGCCAUGUCCCUACAGGAUGUCAGAAAGAAA